GUCGUCCGUGCGGCGUCGGGGGCGUCGGGACGCCGGGGCGCCGGGGCGUCAGUCAGUCGUUGCCCGCGUAAGGCUGGAUGCGCGCGUUGCUCCCGUGGCGGUCGGUUGUCGGUGCCCCGUGUCGAGUCGCGUUCGCGUGUUUCUGACAGCUGAAUAUCACGCCGUCCAAGAGGAGUGAGCGUCGCGACGCCCAGACCCGGGAGGUUCGAGUCGACGAUAAGCUGAGCUCGUAGCUAGCCAAGUAGACGGUGCCAGUAUAAGGAAAAGUGCGGAGAGAGCCUCGUGGCCGCGAGUGCAAUCAAUAAGUGAGAGAAGACAGGCCGACCGAAGAGACGAGAAGAGACGAGAAGAGAAGAGAAGAGAGCUGCUCCUCCUCGGCGCUACAGCAUCCACACGUUGAAUACGCCCGUCGUCGAGUUCACCGAGCACCGAGCACGGCCAGGAUCUCUGCGAUGACAGGGUCUCACUAGCAUGCUGGAUAAGCGGCGGCUCCACGCCCCAGGGUCGCCGCCAUGCACCCUUCUGUUUGUGGUCGCCCUUACGGUCACCGGAUGUUUUUCCUUCUGGUUACUAAACGGGUGUCCGGGUCCUCCGAUUCCGGUACCCGUCGUGGCCACGUCGCCAGCCUACGAACUGAUACUGCCUGGAAACACCUCGGCACCAACCAGGCCCUAUUCCCUUGCCGAGCUACCGUCCGAUGACGAAACGAGCUUGAUUGACCUAAGGAACUUCCGGUUCCUCAUAAACCACGAUCCGUGCAACAAGACUCAGCCCCUCUUGCUGAUGCUGAUACAUUCUGCCCCGGCCAACCUCCCCAAGAGAAUGGUGAUCCGCGAGACCUGGGGGCAAAAGCGAUUCGGGGCCAUCGUCCUUUUCCUUGUCGGCACCAUGCCUGGUAUGCAAGGAAAAAUUGAAGAGGAGGAUAGGAUGUACGGCGACAUCGUUCAGGGGAAUUUUCAGGACGCAUAUAGGAACAUGACCUACAAACACGUGAUGGCGCUAAAGUGGGCCGCUUAUCACUGUCCAGGUGCCAAGUACGUUCUGAAGCUUGACGACGACGUCUUCGUUCACACGCCGGCGCUACUGGAGUUCCUGGCCCACGAUCUAUCGCCGUGGGGUGCGAAGCGGCUGAUACUCUGCAACUCGAUGGCGAUGGCUAUGGUGAAGCGUUCCUGGCGAUCUAAGUGGAGAGUCUCGCCGCUCGAGUACCCCGGAAAAACUUAUCCCGUAUAUUGCGCUGGUUGGGCGAUAAUGUACUCGCCAGACAGCGUCUUUCUACUCUACAGGGAGGCGCAGAAGACCUCGUAUUUCUGGAUAGACGACGUCCACAUAACCGGGACCCUGGCGAAGAAGAUCAACCUCACCCACACGCCGUUGAAUUCGUUGAUUCUAACUCCGGAUAGAAUGCAGACAUUCAUCGAAACCCCGUACUCACCGGGUGAUUUUCUAUUCGGUCCAGCAAACUUGGCCGAGGGUGACAUCAGGGCGCUUUGGAAGGCCGUGGCCUUGACUAUGGCCUAGUUAGAUGUGCCGGGCUGCUGGUGCCGCAGCCAAAAACUUUGCCAAAAUAUAAGCGGAAAUUGAUGUAUAUAUUCUAUAUAUGUUAUUGAUAUGCGAAUUUCCUUCGCGCGCGAUGUCUGCUUCGAUUGGUUGCCUGGCGUAGGUAUAUGUAAACCGUUUUUGCGAAAUACGCGCAGGUUGUUAAUUCGGUGAAACGUUUUUUCAAAUUACAUUCCCCAGCUGGUCUCUACGCGAGACUCUUUCAAGCGAUCGAAUCGGGUCUACUGAUUAUUGAAAUCUUUCUCUGCAACGGAGCUGCAAAUCUGCGGUUAGCUGGUUUCUUGAACCUAGAAACGAAAGAAUAGGUAUACAUAAGGCGGGAGAGUCGAUAGUUGAUUAACGUCUUAUCGCCGAAUCAUGUUCAUCAUCGGUGUUCACUACUCGUGUAGGUAAUUAAAGUUUAUCAAAAUUCAGACGAAACGGCAAGGCGUGUAGUGGAUAUCUGCGAUCAAGCAAGUACCUCGUCACUAAUUAAAGGAAGGAAGGAAGGAAGGAAGGAAGCGAAGAAAGAGCCAUACGGACAUCUCGGUGUCCGAUUGCGAGUUUAAUUACCCGUUAUUAGCUAAUUUCGUUUUUUCUCUUGAAUUCAUACGAUGACCAUCAUUUUCUGUUGAAGCAUUGAGAAAUUUCUCACCAAUCGACAAGUUUGAGUAGAAUUUCGGGAUAGCAAAGUCAAACGCAUUGCCUACAACCCUCGUGUGAACAUAGUCGAAACUCCCUCGGCUAUUUGCGGUGAAAAAUUUCUCUGUCAAAAGUCUAUAGCUUCGUCUUUUUACUUCACUAUCGCACACGAGGAGCGCGGAAGAAUAAUUGUUUCUAGACGAGUCUGAAAGUUUGAAACGACAUCGCGUCACCUGCGAGGAGAUCUUAUCGUUAAAGGCCCCAAAACAACGUCGCCUUGGCCCUCGUUGCUCACACCCUUCGUGUAAGUUGUUUCACGGUGUAUUUGAGCCUCGUCGUUAGUCAACGACCAGCAUUCCCUCAGCAGUAAGACAAAUCCAUUAAUUGGUUUUUCGGUAUAAUUAUAUUUUCUUGGUACAUGUUAUCCUUAGACGACGGCACGAGCUAUGACGGGGCUUACAGUUAGUAUAGGCCGAUGCGAUGUCGUCGAGUUUCUUGACAAACGUAAGGAAGCACCGCCUUAAGCCUACUAUAGAUCUAUAUAUAUAUGUAAUAUGCAUACACUUACAUGUACGAUAUUAUAUGUAUAUUUUAUCAUAGCUUAGUGUUGACGGGGUAAGGGGGAGAUGAUUUUCUUUUCUCAAAUUCAGACCCAUUAAAUUUAAUCGAUAUAAUUUAAAAUGUAGAUAGGAUGAUAUAGAACAAUGCAUAAAUUAUGUCGCCUGACAAAUUGUUAUUUCUGAUAAAUCAUCGAACGGCCACACGUCACGUGUGUCAUCGUAUAGUAUUAUAUCGACGUGAAGUUGUACGCUCGGUGGAAAUAUUAUUGCCUGCAGAGGAGAGACCAACCUAUCUAGAUAAUCAAAUUAAUCUAAAGAAUUUUCUGGAUUACUGAAGUAAAAACGAAGGAAGAAAAAAAACGAAAAAAAAAAAUGAACAAAUGAAUUAAAAAAUAAGCAGAGGGAUAAUAAGUGAGAAGUAAUCAAUUCGAUAUAAUUUUCGACUGCAGUGCUAAUCGAUCUACGCUGUUGUGACUAUCGGCACAAUUACCCAAUUGUAACAUUUAUACCGUAUUAUGUGGAUUAUACCGCCUGAUAAUUCGUAUACUAGCUAGAUGAUGUUCGAUCUUAUACAUAUAAUAGACAAACCAUCAUGCAGGCGUUUGAAAAUUAAACAACUGAAAGUUUUAAUUCAGGGAGCUUAUUAAUCAGGCGACCAAUAAUAAAUGAAGUACCUUAUCUGUGUAAUGUGUUGUCGUAUGUAUAUGUAACGCGUAAGUUUAAAUUAUUACGAAUAUUAUAUAUGUAUGUAUAUAUAUGUAUGUGUAGUGUGUAUAUAUGUAUAUACAUACAUCUAUUUAUAUAUACAUGUAUGCUGAAUUGUACAUGUAUAUUACAUAAAACUACGUGAACACGUAUUCGGAAUCGCGAGGGUACAGUCGCGAUCGACUGCAGAUGCGCCUAAAAAUUCUAGAUUGUUAAAAUAACGGAUACAAAAGGCUGGUAGGUAAAAAAAAAGAAAAGAAAAAGAAAACAAAAAUUUGUAGGGAAGAAAGUAAUAUGCUUUUCAUGCGAAUUGGAAACUUUGCAAAGAGUUUAGGAUAAUGAUUUAGAUAUGGGAAUAAAUUACAAAAAAUUAUAUUACAAUUUUUUCAACUCUGAUAUUAGCUUAUACGUAUAACGAACGUGAUAAUUUUCAGUCACGGAUUCGAAGUAACUUUAUGACUUGUGUAUGCCGAUUUUUGUUGCCGUACGUGAGAUUGUUAUUAUUUUUUAUCAGUUUUUUUAUUGUUAAUCUUUACUUCUUUGUGUUAAUAUUAUUCUGUGGUGAUAAUAUUAAAUGCUUCGAGUUUAUUAAUUACUUCAUAUUUAAGUGUAAUACUCAACCCCAACGAUUAUUCGUUAAUGAAAUCAUCAAAUACACGCAACCGUGUAUAUUCGUGCUCAGGUAUUACGAUAGACUGAAUUCUGGACCGAGAAUCAUGAAUCAUGAAAUGUUUUCCAUCCACGCGACUCCUGGACCUGCUCUUGUGGAAAUUCACCUCUAUAGUCUGUCUGCAGGCGCCAAGACGGUUGGGGAGUUGCCAAGAGAACAUUUGGUUCCAGCCAGGCUAGCCUCUUUAAUGGCUGCGUAGAAUCGAUGGAGACAGUCAGAGGUCAGAGAAGAUAGCAGCCUUAAUGGCAGACUGUGUGAAAUAAGGCGAGACGAUUUUUGAAUGCCGAAACUUUGCAAGUAGUACGCUCCUUCAAUAUCCAUAUACCUAGGCGCGAAUUUUCACGUAUCUUCCUGGCUGCAAAUCGUGUGGAAAAGGAGCACGUUGUGAGAAUGUGUAGGAGGCGCUGGGGAGAUGUUGUUGGGUACGAAAUGGAUUUCUCUCUGACCUUUCGAGCGUAAGUUUUUCCUCCUCAUGGUUAUAUUCGCGCGGGUGUUUGUCUCCGUGGAUGAGAAUUUGUUGUUGUCGUUUAUCUUUUUUCUUUUCUUCUUGUCUCGCCUGCUCGAAAGGAUAUAUACAUACUUUUUUAUAGCUUACUUGAAAUUUUAUAAGUACGCCUGGAGACUAAUCUCGUACUCAAAGUUUAUUUUCGAUUGAGUAUAUAAUCAUGUAGUGUAUGCACACAAGCCCGAUCAAUACUUUCGUUCGAGGAGGGUGGAGGAUUUUUUACUAGCCAGAGAACGAAACUGCGUGAAAAAGGUCGAGCCAUGCCUCUGCGUAUAAUUGGUGGACGAUGAAAUUAUGGAGAAAUGAAAUUCGAAAUCAAUGUAUAUACCGCGAAGAUCCGAAUAUUCAGCUGUGCACAUAUAUGUAUCAUGGAAUUCUUUAUUUGAUGACACACUUGAUGUACUCAUUGUUGAAUGAAUUUCAAACUGAGGAAAGAUAUGACGUAGGUACUUAGAUAAAUAUACAAUUAUGUAAAUCUAGAAGAGAAAAAAGAAAA